CCGUGCCCCCUUCCGCCUUGUGUGGUACACCACUAUGGAUUACAGACUGAGCUACAAACAGACAUUGCUUCACAGCCUGUGUGGCUGCCAAGAUCGUGUCCGAAGUCCUCCUAGCCAUUAGGUAGUGCUUUCGUCAAAUAUCUGUCUCUGUUACUGCCAAGGCUAUUCUUGCUCGUUGCCGAAGGAGGAUCUCUUUUGUCAUUCAAAUUAAUCAACAUGCUUGAGACCAUUUACAAAUUCAGUGCUUGAGACAGCUAGCUAGCUAGCCGGCCACUACGACACUGACAACACCACGGAAGAGACAAGCGACCGAGCAGCCCACAGAGUGAAAUCUGAAGGAUUACCAGCUAGCUGUCAAUAUGAACACUGAGUCUGUUGUCAUCGUUUCUGCUGCAAGGACCCCCAUUGGUAAAUAAGUCUAUUGAAUCUGUCUGAUUCCACACUAAGGCAAUCCUUUGCAACAUAGGUGACUACCUGUAUCAAUAAUAAUUGCCUGUAUGUAUGUUUAUUUGUUGCAUUUCCUUAUCACACGAGAUACUGGAUUUGUAGCGAUGCUGACGUUGCUUGAACGAUCGUGCACAUUUUUCCAGUCCUGGUUUUGAGUGUAGUGUAUUGACAAUGUUCUUUUUUUAACAACUUUUUUUAAUGUAAUUGAACCUAUGAAUUGAAUAGACCAUUACUGUCGUUCGUUAUCGCGAGCUACCUCCUGACCAGGAUUUUCAAUGGAUUCUCUUAUGCUGAACCUUGAUUGGUUGCCUCACCCUCUGCCCAGAUUCUCGAAACAGCGAUUGGCUGUUGGUCAUAGUACCAUGGACCAGCAGCUACAGUAUUCGCGAUAGGCUGGAGAUGAAACCAUGAAUGGGGUUGGGCGUGUUUUAGUUGGAUGGUGUCUUUGCAACAACUGUUGCAACUUUGCAAUCAAUACGUUUGUUGAUGAUAACGUCUGUUAUCUUGUUGUCUGAUGUAAUGCAAUGGGAGAGUGCUGUCACACCAUAGAAUCAGUCAUCAUCAUACCAAUGGCCAAGUGCAUUUCUCAAAACCCAGCUACCCCGUUAUGAACCCAUGAUUUCAUACAAUCAAUGCCCUGUUCUUUUUGUGGAUACUGGAUAUAGUUCUCUAAACUGUAUUAUCUUGUUUCACAGGGUCUUUCAAUGGUGCUCUGUCCACCGUGCCCCUCCAAGACCUGUGCUCUGUGGUGAUCAAGGAUGUCCUGAAGAGAGCCAACCUGAAGCCUGAGGAGGUGUCUGAGGUCAUCAUGGGGCAUGUUCUGACAGCAGGUAAAGACCACCUGGAACGGAACCCUGUCCUUUUAUCAUAGCUACUUAUUAGCGCUUACCUGCUACUUAGUUAAUAGUCCCAUGUGGUUCAGUUGGUAGAGCAUGGCACUUGCAAUGCCAGGGCAGUGGGUUCAAUUUGCACGGGGACCAGUAUUAAAAAGGAAAAACAAUUAUGCUCUCACUACUGUAAAUCGCUCUGGAUAAGAGCAUCUCCUAAAUGACAAAUAUGUAAACAAAUGUAAUUAGUGUGAAAGGUCCGAUUACGUAAUAUUCAUAACAACAGUGCUGUGUCAUGUGAACUAGUGCAGUGGUUCCCAACCUUUUUUGGUUACUGUACCACCAACUGAAUAUUGCACUGCCCGGAGUUCCCCUAAAAUACCCCCUCAUGUGCAUCUUACCAGUAAGCCUAUGGUCCCAUGAGUCUUCUCAAGUACCCCCUGUGGAUGGGCCGAGUACCCCCAGGGGUUCUAGUACCCCUGGUUGGGAACCACUGAUUUAGUGUACUAGCCAUUGUAAGCCUUCUCUCUUGCAAUCAUUCACUUCUCACGCUCCCUCUCAUUUACUCUCCUCUCCUCUCCUCCCCAGGUCAAGGGCAGAACCCAGCCCGACAGGCCAGUGUUGCGGCAGGCAUCCCCUACCCGGUGCCUGCCUGGAGCUGCCAGAUGGUGUGCGGCUCUGGGCUGAAGGCUGUGUGUCUGGGCGUUCAAUCCAUCCAGACUGGAGAGUCAACCGUGGUGGUGGCUGGAGGCAUGGAGAGCAUGAGCCGGGUAAGAUGGAGGGAGCAGGGAUGGGGGGAGAAGGAGGGAUAUGAGAGAUGGUGGAGAGGGAGGGGGUGUGUGAGAGAGAGAGAGAGAGAAAGAUGGGGUGAAAUCAAUACCAUUCUACCAAAUUUCCCCAUUAAUCUGCAAUUACUCUUUCCCCUUUGACCCCCAGGCUCCCCACACAGUGCAGAUGCGGGCUGGAGUAAAGAUGGGCGACGCCACCAUGCAGGAUUCUAUCAUCGCUGAUGGACUGACUGAUGCUUUCCACUGCUACCACAUGGGCAUCACAGGUCAGGGGACCAGAUACAGAGUUAUUGAUAUCAAUGUGUAAUGGGAAUUUCCAGGUGAAACAAAAGGAGAGCAGUCCCUGUUAAUAUAAAUCAAAAAUCAAUCCGGUUGCACCGAAGCAGAGAAAAUGUCUAGCUGGCCUCUUGGAGACAGGCUCUUUAUAUUCUAAUCAGACAGUACCAAGUGUUCUCUAAACACCAGCCCGAGAGGCUUGUAUGAAGUAAAAACAAAAUGCAUUGACGUUGUCAGCUGCUACAGAAUCACAGUGUUUCACAGAAUCAGUGUGUCCUCGGUCCUUGUACCUCCAGUCUGGCGUCAAUCACUAUCAACAGAUAUGAGUUUAAUCCAUAACAUACAGCAUCUGGUCUAGUGACCAUCAACCCGUGUCACAAACAGAACACUGGAAAUCAGGUGUAUUGCAGAAAGGGAAAUAUGCUAAACAUUGUGUUAAUCACUCUUAACUGAAUAUGAACUUUAUUCAUCUUAAAUAUUCCCAUUACACAAUGCAACUAAUAUUUGUCAGUUCAAUAAGGAGGAACAUUGGGGUGUCUUAAUCCAGUAGGCUAAUGUUUUCUUCAUUUUCUGGAUGUAGCUGAGAACGUGGCUAAGCAGUGGGGUGUGAGUCGCGAGGCUCAGGACCAGUUUUCCGCCCAAUCCCAGAACAGGACCGAGGCUGCCCAGAAAGCAGGACAUUUUGAUCAGGAGAUUGUUCCGGUCAUGGUGCCGUCCAGAAAAGGCAAGGAAUCUGUUAUGCUGGUGAAUGAACCCGCUGAGACCUCAAGUGUGCUCAAAUUACUUACUGCUGGGUGUGGACCCAAUGUUUCUUAUAUGGCUAACCCACCAUUCCUUAGAAAUGAAUUAGAUGAUCGACACCUAUUAUUUAUCUGCUUUAUUACAUGAUUAUUACAUGAGUGUAGAUGUUUCAUUAACUGUAUUGUACAUUCCUUUCUCCUCAGGCCCAGUGGAGGUGAAAACAGAUGAGUUUCCUCGCCAUGGCAGCAACAUGGAAGCAAUGACUAAACUCAGGCCCUGCUUCCUAAAGGAUGGCAGCGGCACGGUCACCCCUGGCAACGCCUCAGGUACGCAGGGGGGCACUCAUCCUUGACGCACAGUGAUGAUGUCACUGAGAUCCCUCAACUCAAUUAUCCUUUGGAAUCUUACCAGUUGACCACUCCAAUGACAUUAUUCUUUCUGCUGUUUCUCCUGGUAUAGUGAUAGUGAUCUAGAGUCUACAUGGUCAUGACCUUGAAAUGUUUCAGGUGGGAUAUACAACAGGGUUGCAUCUCGUCAAACUCAUAAUUUUUGUGUGUUAUAUUAAUUGCCAUGCAUUCCCUCAGGUAUAAAUGAUGGAGCCGCAGCAACCGUUCUCAUGAGCCAAUCAGAAGCUCAGAAGCGAGGCCUCAAGCCAAUGGCCAGAAUCACCUCCUGGGCUCAAGCCGGCCUCGACCCGGCAAUUAUGGGAACUGGGCCUAUCCCAGCCAUCAGGAAAGCUGUGAGAACCAAUCAGAAACCAGUUAGCAAAUGUUCAGAUGUGUACAACUCUAGAAUGACUGUAAUGUAUAAUCCUGUUCAUUUUAAAGGAAGAGUUUUCAUUGAUUCUUUACCAGGUUGCGAAGGCCAGUUGGCAGAUGGAUCAAGUGGACCUGUUUGAGAUAAACGAAGCGUUCGCUGCCCAGUCUAUCGCUGUAGUGAAAGAGCUUGGACUCAACCCAGAUAAGGUAACUCUAUUCUCCUUCAUUUAAUGAACCAUUAAUUCCACACUAUUGCUUAGGGCAAACAGUUGUUACACCACAUCUUUGCUCUCUCUCCCCUAUGCAGGUGAACGUGAGUGGGGGUGCUAUCUCCCUGGGACACCCCAUAGGCAUGUCUGGCUGUCGGGUUCUGGUCACCCUACUGCACGCGCUCCAGAGGACUGGGGGUCAGAGGGGUGUGGUUUCUCUCUGCAUCGGGGGAGGGAUGGGCAUUGCCAUGUGUGUAGAAAGGGUGUGACUGAAUACAAAUACUGAUGCAGUCUCUAGAUCACAACAUCGGCAAUGUGUUAUUGGUCCUAAAGGGAACGUUUAGAAUGCUUUAUUACUCAACUUGUUUCAAUGGAGUGGUGUGAAUGGAGGUUAUAUUAGAUUGAUCAUUCAUUUCUCUACCAGUCACUACGCUGAAAAAUGUGAAUGCAAUCUAGGUGAGGAAAGUGGCGAAGGUCUCCGUUCAAUCGAGCUGUAUUGUGCAUCAUCCAAUAUUGGUCCUUCGCUUUCCAUA